ACUAUUUAAUUUAAAACUAGUUACCCAAAAAUACAGAAAAUAUGGCCUAGAUUAAAUAUGGUAAGAAAACAAUAAUUGCAUAAUAGAAAUUGGUUAGGCUUUUACCCGAGAUGUUAUUGUUUAGAUUUAUAUAUUUUUUUGUUAGGAAAUUAUCAUAUAUGCAUAAAUUUAGGAUAUUUGUUUAAUUUUUAGUUAGUGGUUUGACAUAGACGUUUUUAUGGUAGAUAAAAAUAUGAUUUUAUUUUAGUAGAGUAGAUGAAACAAAAGUACAACUGAAGAAGAAAAUACAAUUCAAGAAGAAGAGAAAGAUAUUGGGCGACCGAGGAAAUGAAAGGAGCUUAUCACGCAAGAAACCCUCAUGCGGAAGAGACACAUUCUUGAAGACAUUCCGUUCACGGUACACUGGCAAUACACAAUGACCUGAAGAAAGAGCUUCAUGAUUAGUUUAUGAAUAUAUGAUUUAAACAACAAAGAAACUAGCAAAUUUGAAUGUUUGCUAGUUUUCAAAUUGUGAGAAAUUUAAUAGAAACAAUAAUCCUCAAUAAUCCUCAACUUUAGUCUACUACUAAAAUCCAGCCUGUUAAUAGAAUAAGUAAUUUGUUUUGUUAUUCUAAAAUUUCUUUUUCCUAAAACUUUUUUAAUGAAAUAUCAUGACAAAAUUCAAUCACCUCUUUUUGAUUUUGUUCGAAAAAUGAGAGAUUUGAUCAUUCGUCUAAUAUAUAUAUUUUUCUCCCUAAUACCCUAUUUAGCUAUUAUAAUUGUAAAAAUCAAAGAUUUAACUAUUUAUUAUAAAAUUUGUGGUUCAUCAUAAUAAAUCAAAUAGUUAUUACUUUAUACAUAGUUACAUAGUUUACAUAUACUAGAAUGGUAAAAUAUUAUAUAUAUUUUUUAUCGGUAUACUUAAAUAACUAAACCUCAAAAGCGUAGGUUAAUAAAAUAAGUAAUUUGUUUUGUUGUUCUAAAAUUAGAUGAUUUUUAGACCGAACUAGUGAAUAUAAUACUAGACAUACAUUUAUAUUUCAAGUCUGUACUUAUAUUCUAUAACAGUUUGAUUUACUAAAUUUAAACAUUAACUUGUGAAUAGAGUUUGCCAGUGUUUUUCUUUAAAAAUUUGAUUAUUAGACAUAUGUAUCUGGAGUUGAACUAAUUUUUACUGAUGUCCAUCUUUUUAAAUUGACACUUAUGUAAUUCAUCGAAUUCACAUAAAAGUAAAAAAAAUAAACAAAACAAAACUCAUAUUAGUUAAACAGAAACGAGAACGAAAUCACAAUUUUAUAAAGGUAAAAAAUAAAAUUACUUAUGGAGAGCCAAAAAUAAACAAAUCGAGAGCAGAAAACCUAAACCCAUUUUGUCGUUUUACAAUCGAUGUUGCCUAUCUGGUUAUAGUGAUUUGUGUCAGGCGCAAAACUUAAUUUCAUUUUGUGCAUUAAAGUUUUAAAAAUAACUAAAAUGAGCUAUAACACGUUAACUAUUCAGCAACGAUGAUACAUUUAAGAGACCAACAUUUGUAUUUGUCAUUUUACAAUCGAUAAAGAUUGUAUUGUUGCAAAAUGUUAAAACCAUUUAAUGAACAAACAUUAGUAUAAGAAACUCACUCAUGCGCGCGGAAUAUCAUUUAGUAAGAGUAAUAAAAACUAGACACUUUGCAUAUCUUGUUGUGUGUUAUAUACUAUUUUUAAUAAUUAUAUAUACUAGUUUUAGUUUGGGAAAAUGGUCAUUUAAAUCACCAACUUUCAAAUUUGGUUGGAAAAAAAACAUGAACUUUCUCCUAAACCAUUUAAAGCACCCACUUAUCUUGAAUAGCCACCUUAAACAUCAGCUUAAUUUGACUAAACAAAAUUAAAGACGACGUUAACAUGGAUAACAAAUUGAUUGGACAUGGUUAAUCGCCAUCUCUAAUCUAUGUUAAGUCCAAACGAUGUUGUUUUGAAUUUUUUUUUAAAAUUGUAUCUGAAAGGAAUUGAACCCGUGAUCAAAUCUACGAUCGUUUAUAAACCCAAACCACUAGACCAUUUACAAUUUUAAUAACUUGAAUAAAUAUUAAUAGAUAUUAUUAUUAAACCUCUAAAUCAUCUUCUCCCAACCUAAAUCCCUAAAUCUCUAAACACUUGCGAUCGGAGUUGCAAGGAUAUGGAUGGCAGAGAGAACUCGACUACGGGUUUUGGGAAGCACUACUGAUGAACAAGGAUGAAGUUGAAGAAGAUGCGAAUGCGAAGACAUGUUAGCUAGGUUCUUGUUCGAACCUAGUUAUCAAUAAAUUAAUGAAAUACAAAGAAGUUGUAUAAUAUUAAUAACAUUACUGCUCGAGCAAUAAAAGCAAACAAUGAUGGAGAACCAGGAAGAUCAACAAUGAUUGAUUUAGGGAUUUAGGUUGGGAGAAAAUGAUUUGAAAGUUUAAUGAUAUUAUCUAUUAGUAUUUAUUCAAGUUAACAAAAUUGUAAAUGGUCUAGUGGUUUGAGUUUACAACGAAUGUAGCUUUGAUUUCUUUCAAAUACAAUUUUUAAAAAAAAAUUCAAAACGACGUCGCUUAGACUUAACAGAGAUUAGAAACGGCAAUUAAUCCCGUCUUAUCAAUCCGUUACCCGAGUUAAUGUCAUCUUUAAUUUGGUUUAGUCAAAUUAAGUUGUGGUAACACGUGACUAGUCUGGAUCAUUUUUGUGGGGCCAGGAUACUUCUGUAUAUUUCAAAAAAAAUAAUAAUAAGUUGAGGUUUAAAGUGGUUAUUCAAGUUAAGUUAAUGCUUUAAAUGGUCCAAGAGAAAAUUCAUGUUUUUUUCAAUCAAAUUUGAAAGUUGGUGAUUUAAAGACUAUUUUUUUCGUUUUAGCUUUGUAACAAAUAGUAACAAAAAUAUAUAUUCAAAUAUAUAACAUACAAUGUUGAUUUUUUUCUAUAUGAAGAAAGAUAAGGUCAAAAAUACCUAAUCUAAGAAAUGAUUACACCUUUGUCUUAUUUUACUUACCUCUUUUAUAUAUAAAAAUGCAAUUCAAUUUUCACAAAUAUGAUCAUUUGCGAUUUAUUACCCUAAAUUGUUUAAACAUGACAAAUACAUACAUUUUAUUUAGGCUCUUAUAUAUAACUCUAUUCACUUUUCACCCAUGUGAGUCUUCUCUCUCUUUCUAUUCUGUAGAUUUGUUGUUAAUUUGAACUACCCUUCUUGCUCUCUCUUUAAGUUAUUACCAUUACCCUAAAUUCCUUUCAAACCAAACAGAUUUCAAGAAACACACACAAAAAGAAAGAUGCCUCUAAGCAACAAUGUAAUAGGUUGCAUAAAUUUCAUCGCCGUCCUCCUCUCACUUCCAGUCAUUGGUGCCGGAAUCUGGCUCGCCAUGGGAACAGUGAACUCAUGCGUCAAGAUCCUUCAGUGGCCAAUAAUUAUCCUCGGCAUCUUGAUCCUCCUAGUGGGUCUGGCUGGUUUCAUUGGAGGGCUCUGGAGAAUCACUUGGCUUCUCGGCGUUUACUUAAUUGCAAUGCUUGUUCUUAUCGUACUUUUAGGUGUUCUUAUUGGAUUUACUUACAUGGUUACUAUUAAAGGCUCUGGUCAUCCAGAACCAAGUAGAGCUUAUCUUGAGUAUAGUCUUCAAGACUUCUCUGGUUACUUACGUCAAAGAGUUGAGAAAUCUGACAAAUGGGAUAGGAUUCGUACUUGUUUGAGUACUACUAACAUUUGUCCUGAACUAAACCAGAGAUUCAGUAUGGCUAUGGAUUUCUUCAAUGCUCAUCUUAGUCCCAUUCAAUCUGGUUGUUGCAAGCCCCCAACAAAAUGUGGCUUCACGUUUGUGAACCCUACUUACUGGAUAAAUACAAUAAAUGGAUCUUCAGACAUGGAUUGUCUACAAUGGAGCAAUGUUCAAAACAAUUUGUGCUACAGUUGUGACUCUUGCAAAGCCGGUUUGCUUGCAAACCUCAAGAUAGAUUGGUUAAAAGCGGAUAUCUCUCUCCUUUUGGCACUUAUCGGUCUAACAAUCGUUUAUAUAAUCGGCUGUUGCCCUUUUCGAAACUCGAAAACUGAGGGUUAUACUGAUAUAUGAUCGGGAUGAGAAGUUUAGUGGCAAAACUGUGGUGAUGUUUAUUAAAGUAUAGUUUCAAAAUAAAAUAAAAUUUUUAUUAAAUUAUUGGAUUUCCUGUAA